ACAAAACCGGCGGAAUUCAAGAAAUUCAUCACAAAAUUCAAUUAAUUUUACGUUUUUAAGCGAUGAUUUGAGGAAAUGGAUCAUCGUGAACUAGAAAUCCUAAAUUCGACUCUUCGCAACUUGAUUGUCGAAUUGCAGUUGGAAAAAACCACAAUUCGUAACAAAGCGUUCACUGUUCUUCAAGAUUUGCUCGAUCGUCGAUCGGUUGAAAUCAAUGAACUCAUCAACAGCGACUCGUUUGACAGUGAUAUCACUUGGUCCGGGCUCUUCAUGGCUUCGCUCGAGGGAAUGCAUCAACAAGUGCUCAAAAUUAAAGCAACUGCGACCACAGCAACGCUCGAGAACAAAUGCGGGAUGUAUUCUCACGUGAUGAUGCGACUUGUUUCUGUCGCGAAUGCCAAUUUUGAUCAAAUUCCGAAGAAAAUUUUGCUGGAAAAGUCUUUGGAAAUCCUCGAACGGAACCCUGAUAUGGAAGAAUAUUUCGGAAAUUGUCUUUUUACCGUCAUUGAUCGUUAUUUAGUGUUAAGUACGGGGGUCUGGCAUAACGUAAAAGCCUCUUUAUACAACAUGUACCUCAAAAUUUUGUUCCAAAUUGUCGAAAAAUCCGUCACAAAUAACUUUUAUGUCACUUGUUUGUGUAAUGCGAUCGAUGUUGGGGUCCAACAUUUGAAUGUAAGCUCAGCAUUAGAAGCCCAUCUGGUUCCAUUAUUGAUGAAAAUCGAAGCAGAGCCGAGCGAAAGUGGAAAAAUGAACUUAUUAAAGGUCGCUUACUUGAUUGCCUUUGAAACGGUGGUCAACAAACGAAUUAUUACGUGUCAAUUUAUGUUCCAACUGGCGAAAAACUUGCUUGUGACUUACAAUCCGACACGAAUUCGCGACGAACAUCGAAUUUACAUCAUAAAAAUCCUGGAUUUGAUAAUUGUAGCGGAAACUUUGACUGAAAAUCCCAAAGCUUUGAGUCCGGAGAACUGGAAUACGCUUCUUCAAGGCUGUACGUUCAUCGUAGAGCAGGAAAUUGAUCGCAUGGAUCGCAGUACAUAUCGGUUAAAUUCAAAUAAUGCCGCGUCGGAUGCCAUUUUUUACGAUUUUGCGGCAAAAGUGUGUGCCUUAACGUUUUGGGACUCGGAAAUUUGGUCGACAGGAUCGGAGCAACCCUUGAAACGCAUGAAAUAUCUCGGCAAAUACCCCGCUUUGAUCAGUCGUGUCGAAACAACGUCUUCUAAUCAUUCCUCACGAUACAAAUUCAGCUGGCGCUGGAUGUUAAUCCUCGGAAAAGUGCUUGAAACCCAUCCCGAACGCAUCGAAAGUGACGAUUACGAACAAAUUUUACAACUUUUGGCGGAAUUUCAACCAACAAUUCAGAAACCUGAGCAUUUUCAAGGAUUUUAUCUCGCUUGUCGGGCCUUACUUGAACAUGAAACGCCCGAAAAAGUAUUUGGCGAUGAGAAAAAGAUCGCCGAACAUUGGCACAAAAUAGUUGAAACCGCAGCCAGGAACUGUUCGAGCAUUAAUCAGACCAGCAAUGAGAAUUUAAUGUUAAUUCGUCUCAUGAUGCGGCACAAAAAGCACAAUGGAGAGGUUUUUAUUGAAUCCUUGCUUGAUACGUACUUCACAAAUUCCAUAAAUAGGUCUGAUGAAUCGAUCCAAACGUUAAUUGCUUUGCUCCUGACCUUCAAUAUCAACGUUUUAAAGGAUCCGGCGGACAAAAUUGAGAAAAUUUUGUCGUAUCUCUUGGAAAAACAACGCGUAAAUGCGAAAACUUCGAUACUGAAGUCGCAAGAAAAGCCGAAAGCUGAGUUGGUGGCUCGUUUGAUAGUCAUUUGUAACAUGUACAAGUCAACGUUGAAUGCGGCGUUCAAGGAAAAAUGGCUUCAGGAGGCUUUGGGGCAUGGGCAAGAGCUGUGGGUUAAUUCAGAAUACGAAAAGUACAAAUCAUCAAUUGAAUCCAUAAAAGACGCAAUUUUGAUCCAACUUUUGCAAAAACCAAUUUUCGAUGAAACCGAAAUCGAUUCUUCAGACCAUUCCAUGCAAAAAUCAGCAACUCAAGAGUCCUUAUGUGUCAUCGACGAUGCAAGUUUCCUGUCAUUUUGUCACAAAAUCAUGCCAAUCGAGAGUCAAAUGGCCUGUAGUCAAGCCGCCGACGAUCAAGAAGACGUUCCCGACUUGAUGCAAGAAAAACUUUACAACACUUCGGUUCUCGUGAACGCUUUUAACAUCUUUUUGCAAAUCCGCGCGAUUCACUUGGAAAAAAUCGAGGAAUUUCAACUUGCGAAACGCAUUGGAAUCAUCGUUGGAACACUCGAACAGGACUUUCAAACGUUAGAUGGCACCGAAAGAUAUCGCCCAAAGUACGAAAUGCUCCGAGAAUUAACGGAAAUCUUCGCCACACGAUACGAUGAAGCGGUUUUACGCUUUGUGCGACAAUUGCAAUGGACAAAUUGCUUCAAUUGGAUCGCAAAAAUCAUCGAACAGGGAAUUCAGGGAAAUCGGGAUAUGGAAAGUGAUAAAAGGAUGUUGUUGAAAAAAUUACCGCUGCAAAUAUUGGCUGCUUAUUUGACAGUUGAGGGAUGCGAAACGGUGCGGGCUGAAAAUUUCUUCCAUACAUGUCUUGAGGCGAAGACCAAUGUACUGCAAAUCGAUGAAACGAGUGAUGUUGAGGUCCUUUUGGAACUUUUGGCGACUUUGGUGGUCUCAAAAAGAGAAUCUGAAGUUUUGGCUGAAGAUAUUUCGUCGUUUACGGCCCUUCUCUUGAGGAAACAUUUCCUAAAUAUCGGAAUAAUUGAGAAAUUUAUGCCAAUUUUGCCGGAUUUUUUGAAAUAUUUCAAAAAUACAAGCGAGGAACGCAUCCACGAAGUCGUCAUGAUCGUUCAGGGACUCGUUAAAGCUGCCCAAAAUCUGUAUCCGUUAUCGUUAAUCCUGAAAAUUCUCUCCAGCGUCUUCAGAUUCUUCGUGAAAGAGUAUCCGUCUUAUGGAAAUAUCAAAUCUUUCUGUGAUUUACUGUUCGAUUUCACAAAUAGCAGCUGUACUCGUACCCGAAUCGCCUCUGUUCGAGCUUUUCUCUUCAUGAUUCAUCCCAGAUGGGCGCGUUACGACAACGAAAGAGCUUUUUUGGAGCUGGAUGAGUUCUUUAAAGACAUUAUUGAGGAAAAUUUGGCUGAUUUUCGUGAGAUGCAAGAUGAUCCGGAUACAAAAUCAUCAAAAAUGGCAAUUGCAACGCAACUUUUUUGCACUGUAAUUUGCAUAAGUUACCAACUGAGACACAAAGCAACCUUGGCAUUCCUCGAUAUUUGUGAUUUGUCUCAACCAACAUCGAUGCGGGAAGUUACGAUGCAAGAAUAUCUCAAAAUUCUCGAUAACGCGAUGACUCAUGACAUUUUUCAGCUCUUCCGGGACAACAUUAAGCAUCUUUUGUCGCAUUGGAUCAUCAACGAAUAUCCGUUUUCCAAAUUUCCGUUUUAUGUGACGGGCGCCGAGUCACUUGAGGACUUUUUUAAUGAGAAUUUGGCAACAAUGGCGAUUGCGAUAUUCACAAGUAACGACUCCAUGCUGCCCAAAUUGUGCCAAAGUACGAACAAUACCGAAGAAGAGUUACUCAGAGAAGUCAUUCCAGACUUGAUGAUUGAAAUUUUGCCAUUUUUAUCAACUCCGGAUAAGAAAAUGCCCUCGGAGAAAGUCGAAAAAGCUGAAAAAUUGAUAGGAAAAAUACAAAAAUUACCGGAUCACGUGAGAAUUUUGAACGAAUCGCUGGAUAAAAUAUUGGAAUUGCUUAUUCAACGACUUUUUGAUGAAGAUUUCAUCAAAAAUUUUUUGCAUACCAAAGUAAAUUCAGUAGGAAAUGACACCUUAUCGCAUCAAAAUUUGACGAAUUGUUGCAAUUACCUGAAGAAAAAUAUUCAACAUGACUCAUCAAACGACCCGAUUCUCGUAACUUUGUGCCAAAAAUCGCCUUUUAAGGUGCAAAAAUUGUUUCUCGCCACUGAAAUUCGUCUUUCAUCCGCAAUUUCACAUGAACAAAAAAUCGUUUGCUUGUCACAAUACGUUUGGAUCUUCGAAAAUAUCAAAAUUUUCAUCGCACGUCCUUCGAAAAACGACGAAAUGUCAGCUCUCAAGGAGUUUUUCAUCAUGAACAUGGUUCACGUCAUCUGUGAUCAAAUCAAUUCCAACGUAGAUGCCGUUUCCAAAGCUGCUUUUUACUAUUUUCGCAAGAUUUGUGAGGAAAAUCUCCCGAUUGGCACGUGUUUCACCUUCAUCGUUCACAGUUUCGUACAAAAUAUCAACAAAACUGGCAACGAAAAAAUGAUUGAAUUCCUCGAAACGUUAUUGGGGAGCCAAAAUUUCACUUCAGAGAUCAUUUUGCUGCCAGAUUUCCCAAAUAAUCAGCAAUUCAGGCACUUACAAGAACGUGUAACUGUCGUUCGGGAUGCCAUGAACCAAAAUACGUUGGAAGCGCAAAUCGAGCAAUUUUUCAAAAUUGAAUAUUUGACAGUGGAAACGUUAAAAUCGCUCCAAACGUCGUUGGCAACGCGUAAAACGGAAGUUUUAGAGUUGUACGAAAAUGCGAAAAAAGUGAGGUUUUCAAAUGAAGUCAACGAAAGUGUUUUGCAUCGAUUGGUAGCGAAGUUAGUGUCGAUUGUCGAAGGAUUGGAUGCCGAAAAAGGUUACGAAGCGUCACGAUGUCUCGGAGAAUUGGGAGCUGCGAAUUUGAAUACGCUUGCGUUGUACGAUCAAAGCGAACAUACGUGCUAUAAAGCGACCGAAAGUGAAGAAGAAGCGAUUUUAGUGAUUCAUCAAACGCUGUUGAACUGUUUGAAGGACUCGAUUAUCGAUAAGGAUGUCAAAGUCAAGUGUGCGGCGAAUGAAGCUGCUUUUCAAUUGGCUUUAACAGUUAAUGGACGCGGUCUUUUAGAAGAAAACUCCUUGUUACGAUGGUUUUUGCUCAUUCCAAAGCCACGGAAGCAAUCAAUCCUGGAUACAAACAUCAACUUGGCUCCUCUUUCGAACGUUUUUGUCCAAAACCGACGCGAAACAUACAAAAUUUGGAUACAAAUUGCCUGUAAACAGCUUUUACAAGUCUUUAACGACACCACAAUCGUUCCUUUGGUCAUGCUAAAGCCCGAAUUUGCUGAAAAUUUGUUACCUGCAGUCAUUAAAUUAAUUUUAGCCUUGGAUGAUAAGGCUUUGUUAACAUCUCUGAACUCGGAAAUGCAAAAAUUUUUCUCAGAAUUUUACGCUACCAUCAAAUCUGGCGAAGAAUCCGCGUUUUAUCGUGACAAAUCGAUCGUCAAAGCGAUGUUGAUGGUUUUCGAAUGUUGUCGCAUCGAAGAUAGAUGUAGCGUGCUGCCUCGAAUCCGAAUUGACUACCUUCAUUUGUUAAAAGCAGCGGAAUUUUGUAAUGCUUCCUUCAGUUGUAUCCUUUAUAGUCAACUUUGGGCGAGUUGGAGUGCGGCGUCAAGUAAAACAAACGAAAUUUUCGUCGAUGUGAAGCCUCAUGAGGAAGUUUGUGCCAGUUUGAGACAUGCGUAUCACGAAGUUGGGAUAGAAGAUGCCGAAUUUCAUCUCUUGGACCCUUUACGAGACAAACAGCAAUACCUCAUAGCGAAUGGGGCAUGGACCCAAGCCUUACAAGAGUUCGACUGGAAUGCCGCAAACCGUCAAGUCCUUCGAGAAAAUGGAUUUUAUGAGUUAUUGGCGAAAGAAAGUCAUGACGGAGGUACAAAAUACGAAAUGGCAUGGCGUUUAUCGGAUUUUUCGCUGUUCGAUGAGAAAGAAUUCAAAAAUGACUUGAACGGAGCUUUCGAAAAAUCGCAUUACGAAGCCCUAAAAUGCCUUCAUCAGAACGACAAGACCGGAGUUUUGCGAAAUAUCAAGACAGCUC